AUGGCGUCUAUGAAAAACAUCAAUCCUUCGUCCCAGACAUUCUUCCUCCAAAGUGACAUAUCUUUACUGAAGAAUGUCGACAAAGCUUGCGCGGAAAUAGCCCCGAGAGAGCAGAAAGUGAACCUUCUUUUCAUGACGCCUGGAGUGAUGACGAUGAAGGGCCGUCAAGAGACCGCUGAAGGGCUAGAUCGCAAAUUUGUGUUGCACUACUACGCCCGAAUGCGGUUCAUCUACAAGUUGCUGCCCCUGCUGAGGAGGUUGCACAACAGAGGGCCCAGAGUGAUGGCACUAGGCUAUCGCGGGUCGUCUCGGUAUUCGACCCCAUGGCUUCGAUUCGUGCUGGCGGCUCAGGCAUGCUUGACUUCUCCGACCUGA